GCCGAAACUCCUUGUGUACUUAGGAUGCUGCGACCUUUUAGAGUAGGAUUCCUUAAUGACCUGGGAACUCCUUGACAUUUUUUGGAGAAUGUGGAGACUCUGUACGUCUUUCUGGGUAAAGGGCCAGUGUUUGGUGCUAAGGGGGUAGUUUGGGGAGCUUUGCUUUAGUCUUUCGUCAGGUCGCCCCAACCUGCCACCAGGCCGGCCCGUCACCCCCUCACCCCGGCAGGUUGCUGCCCCUGAGACCGUCCUGCUGCUGGUGGGGCUCAUGGCUGUGAUCCGUUUCCUGAGGUGCUCUUGACGCCCUAGAACUGGAACUCCUGGGGCAGAACAGUUUCAGAAGGAGCUCUGAUGACCUUGGUGUUGGUGUUGAUGAGAUUUAACUGUAAAGGAACUUUCCUUUCUGAUGGGUAUCCAUUGCAUUUUUAAGGUUUAUCACGAUUCUGUGGCAAGCAUAGCUUUUGAGGUGGCGUAUGGACAUGACAAAGACUUAUGGCUGGGCACAGAUUGGUGUUGGUAUUAGGAGACCUGCACAUCCCACACCGGUGCAACAGUUUGCCAGCUAAGUUCAAAAAGCUGCUAGUACCAGGAAAGAUUCAGCACAUUCUCUGCACUGGAAACCUUUGCACCAAAGAGAGUUAUGACUAUCUCAAGACUCUGGCUGGUGACGUUCAUAUUGUGAGAGGAGACUUCGAUGAGAAUCUGAAUUAUCCAGAACAGAAAGUUGUGACUGUUGGGCAGUUCAAAAUUGGUUUGAUCCAUGGACAUCAAGUUAUUCCAUGGGGAGAUAUGGCCAGCUUAGCCCUGUUGCAGAGGCAGUUUGAUGUGGACAUUCUUAUCUCAGGACACACACACAAAUUUGAAGCAUUUGAGCAUGAAAAUAAAUUCUACAUUAACCCAGGUUCUGCCACUGGAGCAUAUAAUGCCUUGGAAACAAACAUUAUUCCUUCAUUUGUGUUGAUGGAUAUCCAGGCUUCUACAGUUGUCACUUAUGUGUAUCAGCUAAUUGGAGAUGAUGUGAAAGUAGAACGAAUCGAAUACAAAAAAUCAUAAAGCCAGGCCUGUCUUGAUUUUUUCUGUUGUUGUUGUUUCUUAUUAAUUCCCCUGUUCAAAUCAAGUAAUGAAACAAUUAAGAGCCACAAAAUUGUAUCAACUUUUAUAAUAUUUUGCAGUAAAAUGUAUCGUCUUCUGUUAAUACAAUGUCUAAGCUUCUUGUAAACUAUAAGAAUUUAUUUAGUUUAAGUAUAUGAUUUCUAUGAAAAAAUGUCCCCCACACAGUAAAUGGUUACAUGUUAAGAAAAACUUAUCAUUGUAAAUACCUUCAGAGUUGAUAUUUAGAACUUUAUUAUAAAAGUAGUGCAUGAGGGAAAAGAAUCUGGACUUUCUUGUAUACAUUUUUCUCUUCUCCAGUAAUAAAGUUACCUUUCAUUUAUA